CAGAUCGGGUGGCUGUAAAAUAAAGGUGACUACUCGUUGUCUACCCGCUGCUUCAACCGUAACAACAUACAACCUAGCGCCACCGAUUAUCACACCUCCCCAACCACCAACGCCGACCCACGAACCAACGGUCACGUUCGAACUUGGCGCAGGAAACGAAACCACAUCCAACAUUAAGCACCAUAACCAGCAACAACACAUCUAUUCCGAAACUGCCACCCGAAUCGAUAAUACCGGCAAUUUGGACCAUAGCAACAGCCAUCAUCAUAGCUCAACCAACGACUCCGGUAUUGAUAUCUACACCACGAAUCCCGACACAACAGCCACCGUGGACCGACAACCGACAGACUACGUUAGGAACAAAUCAACCACACGCAGUUGGCCGGUAAUACACCGGAACAACUCGUACCGAUAUCAGCUUCAACCGACGGCGCACAAUCAUCGACGGCAGCAGUCACAUCAGUAUUAUCAGUAUGACUACGAUGCCCUAACCGGAAUAAACUGUCCCUCAAAUGAUACCAACAACAACAUCAACUACAACGCAAACGAAGAUUAUCUAGUCAGUAGCAGUUACGAUAAAUCCCCUAGCAUCGAUAGCUAUUAUUAUCAGCACUAUAGGCCCAGUAUGCAUCAAUCGACCACCACGAUGGCCACAACUGCAGGACAGGGCGGCGCCACCAUCACUUCCACCGCACAUCAGACCCAAACCAGCCCCACCUGUUGUAUGAUGCCACCACCGGUUCUAUUUCUUUUCCUCACACUGCUGAUGACAUCCAGCGCGACGGCAAUGCUGUGUGCCGCCAUCAUGACCGAUCACUGGGAACACGUGUCCUGGAAUCGGGAACAGCUAGACAGGCUUAGUAACAAGUCUUCGAUCGAGCUGCAGUGGUAUCUCGACGGACGAGCGGCCAAGUUUUCCGUGUCCGAUAUGCACCGGAAGACGGGAGAUGCAAGAAGCAGAGAAUUCGAUAUCCCUCGCUAUGUACUGAAAAACAACAAACCAUCCAUUGACAAAAGAGCAAACGUUUUUCUGGUGCCGAUGAAUGGUGGCAUCUGGACGCUAUGUAUUGAUCUCACACCGGAGGAAAUCCGUUCGUUGUCGAGCGACGGCUUUCCACAGGUAGAUCAGUGCGUCAACUAUCUCGCUGAUAACACCGACAGCUCACAAGCCAACGAAGAAAAUUCCCGUGCUGAAUGGCAACACAGUGAGUUCCAGCCCUCAUUACAUCCGCAUUUAAGAAUGCAGAAUUUAUCGAUCUCGUGCUCAUUGGUGUGCCUUAUCAUACUAGGCAGUGCUGCUUUGAUUGGGGCCUUCGGCGUAUGUCAACGACAGAUUAGCGCCGUAUUGGUCACUGGCUUCAUGUACCUGUUGGCCGCACUGUUUGCACUGUUCACGUUGAUGAUUAUACAUUUCAAGCGCCAGCAAGGACGGCCACUCAUUGAGAUCGACUAUGGCGUCUCCAUCGACGGCGUGGUCGCUGUGAAGCCCGACUACAUGUACGCGCAACCAUUGCUGAAUGCACGGGUCAUUGUCACCGCCUGGAGCCUCAAUCUAGGCUGGGGUGGUGUGGUUCUAUGCGCCUUUACUUCGUUCCUCUGGAUAUUGCUGUCCAAGAUCAUGAGAUUCAACCCCCUGUCGGCAAUGAUUUGAUGAUUCAAACUCAAAUUCAACAAAGUGGCAGUGUACAACGUGACAUAAAUCGGUGUGUGGUUAUUCUAAAUCGUACAAUCUAGCUAAACCAUUAUUGCAUUUAAAAGUUCAUUUUUGUUAGUGAAUUUGGUACUCCACCAAUCUAGGCAGUCUAAGAACCUAUAAAUUAUGUUUUCUCCAGUAGUUUCAGUAGUUGAAUAUCCCAUUCAUAAUUAUAACACCUACAUAUUGAAAAAUACCCAUCUAUAACGAAUUCAGUACCACCUCUUAGUGCAUAACAAAAUAAAACAAAACAAAACAAAGAAAUAACGAGCAUUUUCUCCCCUUUUAGAACAAAUCAGAACCAAAAGACUUUUACCGCUUUUAACUACACUUAAACUUAAACUCUACAUAGAUCGUUUUCGCUAUACACUAUUUGACAAAAUUCAUCUUAAGAACCGCUAUUGAAUUCUGGUGAGUUUCAAUGCGAGCUUUUUGCGGUAAAGCAAAUCGUAUCAAAUAAAAAAAAAAACGAUGAACACGAUAACACAAAAUUAAAGCGCAAGAUACGACUUAUUGCAAUGCUUUCAUUGCUGUUUUUUUUAUAUUCUAAAUAUUUGUUCCCUUCUAAUAUGUACAUCCCUGAUGAAAAGGAAAGGUAAAAAAAUUAUAAUAUUCAUCACAUGCAUCAAUAUCAUCAACACGAAACAAGCAACAACAACAACAACAAAUAUAUCAGAUGCGAUCAAUUUGCAGUAUUGAAUCAUAAAACGGCAACUCACUCGUAAAAUCUUGCAUCGUAGAACAACUAAUAUAUUUUAUGUAAAUGCUUUGCCUUAACAAAAUGAAACAAAAUGCAUAAAGAUUCAUUAUAUACA